AUAUUCCAGACCGACGUCCAGGUGUGCUGCCUGAGGCCGAGCAUCAUCCCAUUCUAACCGCACAUCAUCACAGGAGUGUUGCUGCAGCCCAGGUCAGGCAGCAUUCCUUCGGUGCCCUGGGGAUCUCCGCUGAAGAAGGCAACAUCAUUCACAAAGAUACUACAGCAUAUGCUACCUUCAUUCCAAACGAUCAAAAGGGAACAUAAAAAAAAAACGGUGACAGACAGAUGGGCACAUUAGUUUGGCGUUAGUGCAUACCUCUCAGUGUCAGGGGGUGAAUGAGUGCAGGAGGAGAGAGGAGCAGAUGUUCAUUAUCAAACGUGAUAAUGCAGGUUAGCCUCGAGUCACCUGAAGACUGGAUGGAGUCUGGUCGACAGAUAUAUAUCCACAGUAUUCUGAUGUUUUCAGCCUCGCCUGCUGUGGUUGUCUGUGUCUCAUCAUCGCCUAAAAAAGAGGGGACAUGAAUGUUCUUGAUAAACUCCAACAUAGUCGUGUUUAUUGAACUUGAUAUAUUGCUCAAGGGCAGACCACCUCCACUCCUCCGCUCCGUAUUAUUCCAACCACAGCUGUAGAGUGAAAUAUCAGAGUCCAUUGAUGAACCCAGACAGUCAACAAACUGAGGCAUGGCAAUGUUGGUGAGGCACAUGCCUCCAUUUAUUCAAGGGCUGUCGCAAUGGAUAUUUGUAGACACUUGAUAUUAAUUUGAUUUAGCACAAUAUGGCCAGAAGUUAGUAACCACUUUGCUGCGGUGGUUCUUCCUUUCCUGUGCAUUUGCACUACAAAGAAGCACAAUAAAAGGUCAGUGCUGGAUCACGUCGCUUCAAGAGAUUAUAGCUUGAACACGAUAAUGAGAUAAGAAAUGAGUAUGUCAUUUGUAACGGCCACUUUUCCGUCUAAAACCACAUGACGCAGCUUUAUGGACAGAAAAAGACCAUGAUUAGAUAGUAUAUGAUUUGCGAGGAAAAUGAAUACCUCUGAGCUAUAUGCCACAUUAAAAAGAAAGAGGAAACAAUACAGAGCAAAACAUCCAGGACCCACCGGAUGAAUAAAAAAACUGCUUCUGAUGAGGUCACACUCAGAGGUUGUUAUACAAUUAAAUACCUGAAUUCAAUUAUUCUAUUCGAUGAAAAAAAAACUAAUUUAAAGUUUAAUAAUGAAAAUCUAAAACACUCAAUUUGCUAGGACUUUAAUUAGCCUUUAAUGAGUGUAAUAUGGUGUGAAAAUGUUUAGUGAGGUCAUAUGUGCCCAGCGUCUGGCGCUGGAGGGCAUGGAUCAUUUCCCGACUCUGGAAAUUGAGUCAGAGUCAAACUGUGUCCUGCCCUGGCUUAUUACUGGCUGAGAGGAUCGCCCAUCCCAGCAGCAUAAUUCCAUCUGGGCUAAAUAUUUAUACAGAGGGGGAACGACAUCACUUAUCCACAACACAUUCAUUCACGUAAGAGAGAGCUACUUCCAGAGUAGAGUCAGAGUAGAGCCCGCUCGGUUUGCCAGAGGAACAUCACUUCUUCUCGCUGAUAUUUGCAGAGACAAGCUUUCAGAAGAAAAAAAGAAGAAGCUUUUGUACCAACUAGACUACAAAAUGAUCUUCUUUAUUCCUGUUUUUGGUGCGAUUCUCACUUUGUAUCAGAUUGGGAGGAAUCCUGCCAGUGCCGGGAUGUGCUGGCUGCAGCAGGGUCAAGAGCAGCGGUGCGACAUGGUGCUGAUGCGAGGGGUGACCAGAGAGGAGUGCUGUGCCGGCGGCCGCCUGGACACAGCGUGGUCCAACACCAGCCUGCCCAUGAAUGAGGUCAGCCUGCUGGGUUUCCUGGGAAUCGUGUCCUGUAAACCAUGCAAAGAGACUUGCGAGGGAGUGAAAUGCAGUCCCGGGAAGGUUUGCAAAAUGAAGACGGGAAGGCCUCAGUGUGUGUGCUCUCCGGACUGCUCCAACAUUACCCGGAAGCAUGCUGUGUGCGGCAGCGACGGGAGGUCGUACAAGGAUGAGUGUACUCUGCUGAUGGCUCGCUGCAUGGGGCACCCGGACCUGGAGAUCAUGUACCAGGGAGACUGCAAGAAGUCGUGCUCCAACGUGGUGUGUCCAGGCACCCACACCUGCGUGACUGACCAGACCAACAGUGCUCACUGUGUCACGUGCCGCACGACUCCUUGCCCAAUCCCCAUGCCGUCUGAGCAGCAAAUCUGCGGCAACGACAACAUCACUUACCCCAGCGCCUGCCACCUCCGCCGGGCCACCUGCUUCCUCGGCCGCUCCAUAGGAGUCCGCCACUACGGCCACUGCAACACUCCUCCUCGGAAACGUCAAGAUUUCGAAGGCAGCGAAGAAAACGCCGUCUAGACGUUCCACUCCUCAAGAGACGAGUCGGGUCGACAACAUUUCCAAGUGCCACACCACUAGCUUCCCAUGAUGACCUCUUUUAUUUUUUGACAAUCACUCCCCCUCCCCUUUGUACACAAUACAUUUGGAAAACCUCUGUUGGAAGACAUAUAAUAGUGUAACUGCCUCAAAAAGAGCUUCAAAACCCUGCAAGCAAUUAGUGUUAAUCUUGUGUUAGUUUGGGAAAUAGAAGCAGAUGAACACGCGUGUCUUGAGAUAGAAACAUCUCAUUGGCUCUUUGGGAGAUGUGUGCAUAUUGUAAAUAGAAUACCACUACUAUUUAUUGGAGAAGGUAUCAAACUCUAUUUAUGUUUUUAUCCUAGUAACAAAUCCAUAUAUCCUUGGGAAAGCUGAUGCAUAAAAUGUAUUUAUUGUGUUUUUUGUUUAUUGUGUAUGUACAACAGAGGCCGCUGGCAUUUUACAACUUUUUUACAUUCCCCACAAACAAAGAGUUUCGCCCACAAAAUGAUGGAAAGCAUCACUAGUAUGUUUGGAAAGUUGAUACGUUUUUAUAGCCUGCCAAUGUGGUUUCAAUUCACCACAGACAAGAACAGGACAGCUACAGUUGUGCUGUAUGUAUUUAGGCUUUUGUCUGGAGGUGAGGACGGGACUCAGCCUAAACAAACCUGUGUAGUCUCCCUCCCCCACACACAUGUUUACUCUGGAACCUGAUCCAAACUCUCAGCCAGCCGUUGAUUACUAAAAUUAACAGUUUGGUUGUGCCCAAACCCUCUACAAUACCUCCUCUGUUGUGCUUGGCUUUGUUUUGUAAAUGCAUUUUUGUAGGUCGUGCUAGUUUGUUCCGUCGCUGUUUUGCUGCUUUGAUUUGAUUGGAAUCUUUUAAAGGACUUACCGGACAGACAAAUGUAAUCAGCGUCGUCGGAUUGAAAGGAAAAUUAAAUUUAUCUGCGAAUGAACUGCAAUUUAGACCAAUUGAACAUACCUGAUUAUACCGCCAGUUGGAGACGAGUCGCUCUAUCCACCUACUGGUAAACCCGGUAGACGUCGGUACAAAUGGUCAAGUGAUUCCAGUUAAAUCUUUAAACUCAAAGCAGAUGUGUGAAUAUAAUACUUUCAAUAAUCCUUAUAGUGUAUUAUGGAACAUCUCAAUGACUCCUGUAAAUAACAGUCUCAUGUGCACCUACUUGUAUUCCUACUGUGAAAUUUGAAUGACAAAUGCAUCAACAUAUUUUUGUAUUUUUGUACUGCCAUUUCAAAACAACAUAAAGUUUAAUAUUUGUCA